AAAUACUAAACCAAACACAGAACACAUCCAUCACCGACCCCAGACCUCACUCCCACCAGAGCCUGGUCCCGUGCCCACUUCUCCUUCACCCAGGCCCCCGAAUAUCUCCCUCACGAGACCGUAGAGAAAGAAGGCGCGACAAUCAUGCUCAUCAGGGAAGCCUCAGAUGCCCCAGCGAUCAUCGAUCGUCUCUUACGCUGUCCAGUACCAAACUUUCACCCCAAUCGCACAUUCAACAGAAAAACCCUGAACCGCAAAGUUGGUCGCCCGCAGAACGCCACAUCCAACUCUCAACUCCACGUCGCCGGAGAGAAACCCGCGGCGGUCCCGACUGAAAACUCUCGCGAUGACCUUGUCGCCUGGGAAGCUGGCAUUCAUGUGAAUAGCUACCACCGGGGAAAGUACUGCGCAAGAUACGGGUGUAUACGUCCGACUACGAGCAUAUCAGAAUUGCCAUUUGCAGCUAUAAGUUGCAGCCACAGAUACACCCGACACCAGAACCUCAAGCUACAGCUACAGCUCACUCUAAAGCUACUCCUUCCAAACAAAGCCCAUGCUCAAUUUUCCUCCUUCCACCCCGAGAUCACCGUGCGAGACAGACACCCACCUAAAUUUCUCGGGAGCAGAGAAAGAAUAAAAAGGCGCGAGGACAUGUACAACCGGAAGCCAUACUCGGAUGGUGGAACAUACGUAUCCGUCCAUCUCCCGUCCUCAACAAACAACCACAGCAAAAAGAAGCUCCGGCAACCGGAGUAAAGUACCCCGGUCUGCACGUCCUCCCACCUCCCAACACGCACAGUCCGCAAUCAGCCCGCUCGUGCAUGUUGAGCGCCGCUUUUCGCUUUCGAUUCCUCCGAUGACUGACCACCUUGGACCUCCGUCCGAACUACGGGGGACACGGAAGGGGGGAGAUCUGUUCCAAGGGACGUCCAUGUAGAUUCAGCAGAGUAGGUAGCCCAUGUUCGGACAAGGUAUGGGAUUGCUGAUCUCCUCGAUUCGAUGUCGGACUUGCCGUGCUACCUCACUCAACCAACAUGCCAAAACGUGCCAGCAGCUACUUUAACCCAUCGCAGUAAAUAACUUUUCGGUUGC